AUUGAAAUUGCAAAUCUUUUUUAACAAUUAUUAUUUAUUAGUUUUUUGAAUAAUAAUCACAUUUGGGAUAUCGAGAAUGGCGCUUUUCGUUUCAUGGAGAGAUUGGUCGAAUUAGAUCUUUCUCAUAACAGAUUACGAUUUCUGAGGCAACACAUUUUCGAUUCUCUCGUUAAUUUAACAAAACUUAAUCUCUCCUUUAAUCCGUUGACGUCACUGCCUUUAACUGUGUUUGUCGGUCUUAAGAAUCUCAAAUCUCUCGAUUUAAAAGGAUUUGGGAUUUCGAACAUAAACGUUCAACAUUUUAAAGAUUUGAGCAACUUGGAAUUCAUCUACUUCAAGAAAUUCCAUUACUGCAGUUUCACACCGUACGUCCGAAUUUGCACUCCAAAAACGGACGGUUUAUCUUCCAUGGAACAUCUUUUAGUAUGGCCCGUGCUUCGUCUCUGUGUCUGGUUUGUCGCUCUCAUGACUUGUUUGGGUAACAUUUUGGUCAUUGGAUGGAGGGCUUUGUCGCGAAAAGAAGACCACGUUCUCUCGCUCUUCAUUAAGAAUCUCGCUGUUGCAGAUUUCCUAAUGGGAAUAUAUCUUUUGGCAAUCGGAUCUCAAGAUAUCAGCUAUCGAGACUUUUACAACAGACACGCUCAUCUUUGGAUGUCCAGUUGGCAAUGCACCGCCUGUGGAAUUUUGGCCAUGCUAUCGUGCGAAGUAUCCGUUCUCAUACUUUCACUCAUAACUCUGGAACGUUAUCGGUGUAUAAGGACAAAUUACCGGGUGGUGACAGUUUCGACAGCAAGAUACAGUCUGGCCGCCGUUUGGACAUUCGGAGUCAUUUUAGCAUUAUUUCCCACCGUUCUGUGGACGAGCGACAGAUCCUUUUAUUCCAGCAACGGAUUUUGCUUUCCUCUUCAUAUCGACGAUCCCUAUACUCUCGGUUGGCAAUACUCGGCUUUCAUCUUUUUGGGAAUCAAUUUCUCGGCCAUGAUGAUGAUCAUCAUCCUGUAUCUAAGAAUGUUUCACAUAAUUCGUCGCGACCGGCAAAAAUCUCGGCCCGUGAUGCUAAAGAAGCACGAAGAUGCCGUUUUGGCAUUACGCUUUUUCUUCAUCGUGCUCACCGAUUGUCUUUGCUGGAUCCCCAUCGUGGUCAUCAAGAUAAUUGCCUUCAGCGAAAUUGUCAUAUCUGAGAACCUCUACGCUUGCGUGGUUAUUUUCAUUUUACCUAUAAACAGCGCUCUCAAUCCUGUGAUAUAUACUAUUGCGGCGCCAACAGAGUUGAGGCGGCGGUUAAGAAAAGCUUUAUCGCGAUUGUUAAUAUGUCAAAAAUGUUUAGAAAGAUUAAUGCUUUUAGAAUCAAAAGCCGCCACCUCUUCCAUCUUAACUCAAAGCAUCGGUUCGACGGAAGUCAGAUCGCUUAGUAAUGGCUCUCUUCUAGCGACGGUGGGAAGAUCUUCGACUAGUAGCGAAUCCAGCCGUCGAAUGACAUAUUGCGGCACAGAAAUUAUCGAGAGAGCGGAAACUGUCGUGUAAUCGAACCCGACGUCACCGGUUUUUUUAAAUAAGAGAAAACAUUUGUAAAUAUACACACGAUCAUUGACUUUGUAUCAUUGUGUUUUAUGUGUCAGUAAAUAUAUUUAAAAUUCUGCCUCGUGUGCUCUUUAAAUAAAUAUUUAAAUAAUUAUCAUAUCUUUAAAUGCAAUAAUAAUCCACGUUAAAAUUUCUG